UCAAGUCGCGCGCUUUCUCAGUCAGUAUCUUGGCUUAAAGGCCAGCAUAGCGGCGCUCUCGACUCACUUGUAUACGCCCCCAGUUGGUGUUAGCACUGCCAAGAACCACUAAACACCUCAGGGACGUGAUCGAAAGGGGUUACGAAGUCGAAUCAUUGUGAGGUCAUCUCGAGAUGGCCAUACUGUCUUCUCCCCUACAAUUGAUCACCUCGACGCCUCUGACAACACGUUGUUUCACUGCCGCAACUAUCGUGUUCUCUUCGUUGUACUACUUGAAGCGAUGGAGUGACGGGCCUUUCCCCGUUCCUUAUUCGACGCCUUACCUCACACUUGUUCCCGGAACAAGUCUGUUCUAUCCGUGGACGUUCUUCACCGCCGGAUUAGUGGAAACAACUGUUUUAGAGCUCCUCUUGUCCCUUAUUUUUGUUCCCGUCUCCUUGCGAUAUUUGGAGCGUUUAUGGGGUUCUCUGGAAACGUUCAUUUUCAUUGCAAUCGUAACGACAUUACCAAAUGUUGUCUCAUUCGUUAUCAACUGGGCCGAAUUUCUCAUUACUAGAAAUGCUGAUCUGUUCCUUUAUAAUAUUGAAUAUCAUGGCCAAAUGGCCCUACAGACGGGCAUUCUGGUUGCCUUCACCCAGCUGAUACCCGAGCAUCAAGUGCAAGUAUUCGGUGUAAUCAGAGUUCGCGUAAAGCGAUUACCUAUGGCAUACGUAACUCUGUCUACUGUCUUAGUUUUGCUAGGAUUCCAGUCGCCUUGGAUUAACAUACAAUGGGGCUGGCUCGUCGCUUGGACGUACCUUCGAUUCUACAAGAAGAACAAGGGCGACGCAAUUGUUGGUGACUCCUAUGGAGAUCGAAGCGAGACCUUUGCUUUCGCGCAGUGGUUCCCUCCUUUUAUUCACCCACCAAUCAAUAUGUUGGGUAACUUUGUAUAUCCUCUAGCCACUCGAUUCCGAGUCAUCCCCAGAGCGGGAUCUGACAUCGAGUCCGGAGGCUACGCUCAACUUCCUGGUGGACCACGUGCUGAAGCCGAGCGGCGAAGAGCUCUAGCACUGAAGGCCCUCGACCAACGCAUGGCAUCUUCUGCAGCUCCUGCUAAAGAACCAGCUGUUCAACCACCUCAACCUGGGUCACCCUCGCCUUCGUCAAGUCCCAGUUCACCUGCCUCGGAUUUUGGUCGACUCCACCCAAACGAUAGGCAUAGAAGUGUCACUGAGGUUGAUAUUGGUGUAUCUGAUAGUGAGGGCAAGGGGAAAGGCAAGGCAAAUGCCGUAUAAAACUCACCUCCUUGGGAGGGACAUCGUAUUUCGUGUUCGUACUCUUUAAGUUUGGGUUCUCUGUAUUUCGC